UUCGGUUUAACCUGCCCCACUUGAAUACUCGCAUAAACUUAAGAAUUUGAUUCAGCAUACAAGUGUAUACACAUAGACUAGUAGUAAAGUAAGAUAAUUCCCAGAUGAGACUAAUUACUAGGAACGUUUUGUGGCUACCAAAUAGUGACCAAGCUGCAUAGCAUAACCACCCAUUAAAUUCCAAGCCAAUAUAAUAGAAGAAGAAAAAGGGUAGCAAAAAAAUCAGAACUUGCUACCUAUAUAAUAGCAGCUUCAGCUUUGAUUUUUUGUUGGGCAUUAUCAUGAUAUUUCCAUGCAUCUUUUCUCCUUUUUUAUAUCUCACUCAACAACCUAAACAAAAGUUGAGUCACCCUUAGCUUCAUUCCCUCUACUAUACUCUAUCUUAUUUUGUGGUAUUCAGAAACCAAUUAAGCAUAAAACUAGUGUUUGAUUAUAGGCAUUAGGCCAUGGCAGCUUGUGGGAGCCUUCAGCAUAUAUUUGAGAAUAAGCUGUUACCAGAAAAUCCAACACUCAUUGAAUCCCUUUCAUGGAACCAAAUCAAACCAGUAGUAGUGAAUCCCUUAGAGCAUCAACAGCACUCAUUCACUGAGAUAUUUGGUGAACUCCAUUUCAAGGAGACUACUCUAAUAUCAUCGUCAUCAAAUUACACAAAGCUAAACCAGAAUAACAAUGAAGAUUUUGGUGAAUCAAGCAACAAUAAAAGCAGGAGGCACAAAAGCAGUGACAGCUUUUCAUCUUGGAGUUCUGAAAGCUUGCAGCUUUGCACUGAAGGCCUUGGGUUUGAGAGCUCAUAUGAUGUUGAAGACAUGAUGAAGAGUCAUGAGAGUGGUGAGAAAGAGUACUGUGUGGAAAACCAUGCAGCAGCACAAGUUUCAGAAGAAUAUAAUGAUUGCUAUGGUGGCGGCGGUGGAGAACAUUGGAGGAGGUCAUCAAGGAUGAGUAGUGGUGGAGGGAACUCUUACCCUCCUCCAAUUUCAAGCAUAGGGAGGAGUGGGAAGCCUGGGGUUUUGUUCAGAUCAUUCAGGAGUAAUGGCAGGUUUGUCUUGGAAGAGAUACGGGUACCAUCACAGGAGUUCUUACAUGCUUCUAGAGAGGAUGGAAGGUUGAAGCUCCAUUUUAUUCAUCCUGAUGAUGAUGAUGAUGAUGAUGAUGAUGAGUUUCUAGAAGAAGAAGAAGAAGAAGAUGUUGACGAAGAACAAGAAGAAGAAGAGUAGUGAGCAGAAACAAGGGAAAUUAAAUUAAAAGAGAAUGAUGGUUGUGUAAGUGUGAAUAAUGAUCAUCAUGCAUGUAAAUGAAGAAGAACAGAUAUGAAUGCAUAUGCUUGUUAAUUAUA